CGAUUCGAAUCAUCUGAUUUCUGAGAAGGGGAGAGAGGUUUGGUUAAUCGUUAGGUGUGUGAUCUGAUCUCUGAUCUCCCUUCUUUUCUCUAUUAAUAGAAAAAUUAAAACCACUGCAGAGUCUACAGAGUACACACACAAAAAAGAAAAGAAUACUAGUAGUAUUCAGUUUUAGUAAAGAGAGGCUCAACCUUUUUUCCUGGGCUAGCUAGCUGGUUCGAGCGGGACUAACGAAGGUCAACGCUGGUUAAAGAAUCGGCGCCGGUCUCGCUUCCCUGUCAGCACCAACCACCGAUCAAAUCCUGUUCUUCUCUCGCUCCGCCGCUUCUCCAACCAUCCGACCAGCAGGCAGCAGCUCGCAAGUCGCACCACGGCAGAUUUUACAUCUCCGGCAACAGUAGAAAGUAGAAAGAGUGGGAACAAAGCGGUUGGGAAUAGUUUUGUCAUUAAUGUCAGCGCUUAAAUGAGAUGAGGCCAUUCUCCGUCUUAAUUCUUAUCCUGGGAGCAGGAAAAGCGGUUGCGCUAGAGAGCCAAGAGCGAUAGAUAAACCAGUUCAAUCCUCCUCUUCAGUUGUUAUUAUAUAUUGUUAUUACCAUUUUGAGGUUGCUAUUAUUUGUUUUAUGGUUGAUACUCUUUCUUUCUCUUUCGUCAACCAAACAAAGAAAGAGAGAGCGAGAGAGACAGAUAGAUUAGGUAGGGUGACGGGCAUAAUUCGAGAAAUGAAAAGAGAGAAUCAAAGAUAGAGGAUUGAGUUUCCUCUAAUUCAUUAUGUGUAUUCUGGAUCGGCGUUUAAUGAGGAGUGACAAAUUCGGCAUCAACUCUCGUGCUUUAAGCUUGUAAUGGGACGCACAAGGAAGAGAUAAAGAUGAAGAACACAGAGAUGCAGAAUUGUUAUUCACCAUCAUCAUCGUUGUUGGCAAUCUCUUGAUCAUAUGUAAAAAUGGCGGAUCAGCGAAGUAUACUAGAGUUUGCUAUCCUUUUCUUACUAUUUCAGUCAGCAUUCGGGCAGCAGGUGCCGUUGAGUUCCGGCACCGAGCUGAUUGCCCUAUAUAACCUACGCUCGUCAUUAGGGUUGAGGAGCAAGGACUGGCCGAGGAAAGUCGACCCGUGCUCACAGUGGGCAGGUGUUCAAUGCCAGAACGGCCGGGUCGUUGGUAUCAAUAUCUCGGGGUUUAAACGAACCCGCCUUGGUCGUCAGAAUCCCCAGUUCUCCGUCGAUGCCCUCGCCAACUUAACCCUCUUGGCCACUUUUAAUGCCUCCGGUUUCUUACUUCCCGGCUCCAUUCCCGACUGGUUCGGGCAACGUCUCGGAGCACUCCAAGUGCUUGAUCUCCGGUCUUGUUCCGUUAUUGGCUCUAUUCCUUCGUCACUGGGAAAUUUAACCACCCUCAGUUCUCUCUAUCUGUCCGAUAAUAGGCUUGCCGGCAUUAUACCCACAACCCUAGUUCAGUUAUCGCGCCUUUCGGUUCUUGAGCUCUCGCAAAAUUCGCUCACUGGACCCAUCCCUUCGUCGUUCUCCUCUCUCGUCAAUCUUACCUUCCUUGACCUUUCUUCAAAUUUCCUGUCUGGGCCAAUUCCCCCCGCCCUUGGCACCCUCUCCAACCUUCAAAUUUUGAAUCUUUCCAGCAAUAGCCUUUCUUCUCCUAUUCCCGUCCAGCUCGGCGACCUUUCUCAACUGGUUGACCUUGAUCUGAGCUCGAAUUCUCUGUCUGGGUCGUUUCCAUCGGAUUUGAAAGGACUGAAGAGACUGAAGAAAGUGGUGGUUGGGAACAAUUUUCUAGUAGGCACGUUGCCGGAAAAUUUAUUCUCCAGUCUAACUCAGCUGCAAUAUUUAGCCCUGAAUGGCAACAAUUUCUCUGGUUCUCUUCCUGAUUUUUUGUGGUCAAGGCCAGAAUUGCGUUUCCUCGAUAUCUCCAAUAAUAACUUCACGGGUAUUAUUCCCAGCCUCAGUUCAAAUGCUAAUGCAACAACCGCAGUGUUCAAUAUUUCGCAGAAUCAGUUCUAUGGAACUCUGACUUCUCUUAUCGGGAGAUUCAGUUCUAUUGACUUGUCCUCUAAUUAUUUCCAAGGCCAAGUUCCAGCUACUCUGCGUAAUGUUUCUCUUCGUGACAAUUGCCUUCAAAAUGUAGAGAAGCAGAGGAGUUUGGAGGACUGUCGAUCAUUCUAUGCAAGAAGGGGCUUGAGUUUUGAUAACUUUGGGGUCCCAAAUCUAGCCCAACCUCCUCUGUCAGGACAAUCGCAGAAGAGCAACAAACAGUUGAAAUACAUAUUGGCGGGAGUGUUUGGUGGACUUGGUUUUAUUGUGCUCUUGGUGUUUGUGAUAAUCAUGAUCCUACGAACAUGUCAGAGGACUGUUGUGGCUCAAAGAGGGAUUGGUGUAGGGCCUGUUCCUGCGGGAGGAAGCACACCACCUGCUGGGGUCUCUAUUAACUUUUCAAAUCUAGGGGAAAAAUUUACAUAUGAGCAACUGCUCCGGGCCACAGGUGAUUUUAGUGAUUCAAACAUGAUCAAACAUGGUCACUCAGGCAAUCUCUUCCGUGGUAUGCUAGAAGGUGGAAUUCCUAUAGUCAUCAAGAGGAUUGAUGUGCGCUCACUCAAAAAGGAUUCUUACAUGGUUGAGUUGGAUUUGUUUAGUAGGGUUUCACAUACCAGGUUGGUCCCCCUCUUGGGGCAUUGCUUGGAGCAUGAGAAUGAGAAGCUUCUGGUUUACAAGUAUAUGCCAAAUGGGGACUUGUCCAGUUCUCUGUUCAGGAAAACCAAUUCUGAAGAUGACAGCUUACAAUCUUUGGAUUGGAUAACAAGACUGAAAAUUGCAACCGGAGCUGCAGAGGGUCUAUCUUAUCUGCAUCACGAAUGCACUCCACCUAUUGUUCACAGAGAUGUCCAAGCAAGCAGUAUUCUUCUUGAUGAUAAAUUUGAGGUGCGGCUUGGAAGCUUGAGUGAGGCUUGUAGUCAAGAAGGGGAUACUCACCAAAAUGUGAUCACCCGGCUGCUUCGGUUGCCUCAGACAUCUGAACAGAGCCCUUCAGGCUCACCGUUGGCAAGCUGUUCUUAUGAUGUCUACUGCUUUGGGAAGGUCUUACUUGAACUAGUAACGGGUAAGCUGGGCAUCAGCGCUUCUGACGAUGCCACUACAAAAGAGUGGUUAGAUCAAACACUACAUUACAUCAGUAUUUAUGAGAAAGAACUCGUGACAAAGAUUGUAGAUCCAUCUCUCAUAGUAGAUGAAGACCUGUUGGAGGAAGUCUGGGCUAUGGCAAUUGUUGCUAAGUCAUGCUUGAAUCCCAGGGCUUCCAAACGCCCACUCAUGAGAUACAUCCUUAAAGCAUUAGAGAACCCCUUGAAAGUAGUGAGAGAUGAGAACUCCAGUUCAGCACGGUUGAGAACGACUUCAUCCAGGGGAUCAUGGAAUGCAGCUCUUUUUGGCAGUUGGCGUCACAGUUCAUCAGAUAUUGCAGCCAUUCCAAGCAGCAACAGCAAGGAAGGGGGCAGUGGUUUAAAACGGUCGGGAACAGCAGGUUCUCAGGGAAGCGGGCAAGGUAAUGGGAUUGACCGCUCAUCUUCUCUCAAGAGGCAGUCGAAGGAGAUCUUCCCUGAACCGGCUGCUGUGCAUGACAUAGAGAGACAAGACGAAGACUAAUACAGAUGGGUUUGUGAUUCUUUGUUAAUAAUACUGCGGGCUUCCAUUUGAGUCGAGUGCCUGCUCGUUGUAUCCCCCGCAAUUUUAUGAGUUCAAACCGAGGGGGAUCCGGAUCUAUUCUUUCGCGCUGCUGCAAUAGCCGUAAUGCUCCUCUGUGACUUUGUGAGAGUGCUUACCAUAUUCACGAGCAUUGCUGGUAUGGCGCAAGCAAAAUGUUAGGUGUACAAUUAUGGGUUGUAUGUGUGAGAAAGAGAGAGAAAGAGAGAUGCCAGUCUGCCGGUGCCAGAUUUGAAUUUGUUUGUAAGGCUUGUUUUCUUGUUCAAAGCAAGCAUCAAUUUUUUUUGGCAAUUGGUUCUGUUUCCCUUUGAAAUGUAUAUUGCAACGGUUGGGGCUUUUUCUCGAUUAAAGGUUUUCUUUUUUAUUGUUUUCA